UAUAUCGUAACGAUUAUGAUAUUACGAUUCAAGUUAGUUAAAAAACAUCGACUUGAUAUCGGUCGCACUAAACUUCAAAAUGACAACAAGAAAAACACAACACUAGUAUGUACGAUCUCGAAGAACGUUGAGUGUUUAUUUCGCGUUUAUUUAAAGUUUGGUGUUAAUUUACAAGUGAAACGUUACGAACAAGUGCGCAGAAAUCUAAGGUCAAAGCAGACAGAAAUGUUUAUAGACGAAAACGAAGUGCCGGAGUCAUGGUGGGUCUCCGCGGCGCUGAAGGCGAUCCGAGCGGUCGCGCUCGUGUUCGACGUGCUCACGUUCCCCGUGCACCUCGCGCUGCAGCGGCCGUGGCGCAAGAGGGCGCUGUCCCGCCGGAUCAAGGCCCGCAUAAUCCAAAGCAGCAACGACAGCGUGACCGUCCGCUCCGUCGCUGAGCCCACCGAGCUCCACCUCCGCAUGGUGCGCGACAAUGUGCUCACCAUGGAGGGCAUGCUGCGCGCCGCCGCGGCUCGCUGGGCUGACAAACCUGCACUGGGAACAAGGACCGUGUUAGGUGAAGAAGAUGAACCGCAGCCUAACGGACGGGUCUUCAAGAAGUUCAAGAUGGGCACAUACACAUGGCGCUCGUACAGCGACGUGGAGGCCGAGGCGAGCCUGUUCGCGGCCGGGCUGCGCGAGCUGGGCUGCGCGCCGCGCCGCAACGUCGUCAUGUUCGCCGAGACCCGCGCCGAGUGGAUGCUCGCUGCCCACGGCUGCUUCAAGCAGAGCAUUCCCGUUGUGACCAUCUACGCGACCCUCGGCGACGACGCCAUCGCUCACGGCAUCAACGAGACGGAAGUCUCCACCGUCAUCACAACGCACGAAUUGCUGCCCAAGUUCAAGAAAAUUCUGGCUAAAACACCUCUGGUUGAUACCAUCAUUUAUAUGGAAGAUCAACUGAAAUCUACGGAUACGAAGGGAUACAAGGAGGGAAUUAGGAUUGUUGCGUACAAGGAUGUGCUUGAGAAAGGAAAAUUCUCCAAAAUUGAGUCGGUCCCGCCGUCGGCGGCGGACACGGCCAUCGUGAUGUACACGUCGGGCUCCACCGGCGUGCCCAAGGGCGUCAUCCUGUCGCACCGCAACAUGCUGUCCACUCUCAAGGCCUUUGUUGAUGCCGUGCCCAUUUAUGACAGCGACGUGCUGAUGGGUUUCCUGCCGCUGGCGCACGUGUUCGAGCUGCUGGCCGAGAGCCUGUGCAUCAUCGCCGGCGUCCCGAUCGGUUACUCGACCCCGCUGACCAUGCUGGACUCGUCCAGCAAAAUCAUGAAGGGCACGAAGGGCGACGCCACCGUGCUGCGCCCCACCUGCAUGACCACGGUUCCUUUGAUCAUGGACCGCAUCAGCAAAGGCAUCACGGACAAGGUGACCCGCUCCGGCCCCAUGGCGGCGGCCGCCUUCAAGUGGGCCUACAGCUACAAGCUCACGUGGAUGCGGCGCGGGUACGACACGCCGCUGCUUAACAAACUGAUGUUCUCGAAAGUGUCGGCUCUGCUCGGCGGGCGCAUGCGCCUGAUGAUCUCCGGCGGCGCGCCGCUGUCCCCCGACACGCACGCGCAGGUGCGCGUGUGCCUGUGCUGCGACGUGGUGACCGGCUACGGCCUCACCGAGACCACCUCCUGCGCCACCGUGGCCGACGCCCACGACCGUUCGACGGGCCGCGUGGGCGCGCCCACCACCGGCACGGACAUCCGGCUCGUGACGUGGGAGGAGGGCAACUACCGCGUCACCAACAAGCCCUUCCCGCAGGGUGAGAUAGUGAUUGGCGGCGGCAGCGUGGCCGAGGGCUACUACCGCAACCCGGAGAAGACGAGGGAGGAGUUCUUCGACGUGGAGGGCCGCCGCUGGUUCCGCUCCGGGGACAUCGGCGAGCUGCACCACGACGGCUGCAUCAAGAUCAUCGACCGUAAGAAGGACCUGGUGAAGCUGCAGGCCGGCGAGUACGUGUCGCUGGGCAAGGUGGAGGCGGAGCUGAAGACGUGCCCCAUCGUGGAGAACAUCUGCGUGUACGGCGACAGCUCCAAGAACAACACCGUGGCGCUGCUCGUGCCGCACCCGCAGCACCUGGCCGAGCUGGCUGCUAGGGCCGGCGUGCAGGAGAAAGAAUUCGACAAGCUGUGCAAGAACUCGCAAGUGGAGAAGCUGGUGGUGAAGGAGCUGGCGGAGCACGCGCGCAAGUGCGGCCUGGAGCGCUUCGAGGUGCCCACCGCCGUCAAGCUGUGCACCGAGGUGUGGUCGCCCGACAUGGGGCUGGUCACGGCCGCCUUCAAGAUCAAGCGGAAAGACAUCCAGGAGCGCUACAAGGAGGACAUCAAGCGCAUGUACGCCUCGUGAGCCCCGCGAGCCCCGCGCCCCCCGCGAGCCCCGCGCCCGGCCCGCCCGCGCUGAACCUAGUUUACAUGUCUCCGCGCAUAUUAUCGGUACGUCAUCUUUAAACGUUGCUGAACAAAUUCCUUGUCGCCGAGACGUCGGUCGGGUUUCAUACUUGGUGUCGAAAGUUGUUUGCGAUGAAGUUAAUUAAUGUCACUUAAUACUGUGAACGGUGGACGGUUGUACUGUAAUAUCCGUUUAAUUUAGUGGCAUCCUCGAUUCAAUGUUACGAUUCAUCAUAUUUUAUAUACGUUAGUGGGUAUACAGUAAAUUCUACUAUUUAACUUAAAUUUGUGUGAAAAUACUUAAACUAGGUUUAACGUUACGGUCGCCGUUUGAUACUAAAUCUAGUGUUCCCCUGACACCUUAGGUCUUUGAAAUCGAUAGUUUAUUUUCUAAUCAUCGUCGGAGGAACACUAGACGUGGCUGUAGGAUACUUAGAUAUUGAAUCGGAUCAUCUACUCGUAUUCCAAUAUGAAAUAUUGCAAUGUGAGUACAUGAUUUGCUCAUAAAACUAGUUUCGUGUCAAACUAAUUAAUUCCUUGCGAGAGCACGGGACCGGUUAUAUACCGGUACCGAUAGAUCACCGGUAAUGUUCGGCAGUACCGGAUAUCUACAAGUGGCCCCGCGUCGGCAGGCCCGCGCUGUCUUGGCAAUUCUAAACCAUAAUUUAACGUCAUAACAAAUGCUACUGAUCUUUAUUAGGCAUUAAAGCACAGCUUAUUUCAUCAUCGAUUGUUUCGUACUGGUUUUGUCAUUGAAGACAAUUUUGUGAGCGACAGGAGGAGGAGGUUUUAUGUGCUGGAUUUUUAUCCUAGUCAGCUUAGGAAAAUUUUGUGACAGCAGGGUACGGCAAGACUUACCGGUGGUGCUGGCCAUGCUUGUGGGCCCUUUAUGCAAUGCACCUUUAAUGUUUCACCGUGGUAUAAGAGCUUCAUACAAAAUGUAUGAAAAGAGUCAUGGCAAUUAGUCAAGACCGCAGACAUAUUUUCAGAGAAUGACCCAUAUAUGGCUUUUACAAGCUAGAUCUUGCCUCAGUGUUCCAUUUUGUUGAUGGCAAGCUGUCUGUCCAAUGCCACCUUAGUGCUAUAUAUCGUUGCUAUAAUUUAUUCUGUAAAUUUUUUAAAGGAUUGCUGAGUUUAGACAGAGUGCUGUUCCAUUAGUACAGAAAUCCUUAGCUAGGGUCUGUUUUAAUAACUUUUUAAAUACCCCUGAAGAAGCAAUGCCCGGGGUUAUCAGAGUUCAGUAACAUAAAAUCUGAAGAUACUUAUUUUCACCGUGAUGUUGAAAAGGCUUUCAUGACAUACAACCAGCAGUUGUUUGAUGAGAAAACACCUAUACAACGCUCGCAAUGUUGGCAGCAUGUACACUCCGUUGUUGUACGGAGGAGGUAUAUCCUACCUCAUUAGUAAAUGACCUGAAGAGUUAAUUGGGAAGAAAUUUGCCUUAUUCUCGGGUUCUUAAGGUUCUGGUCUAGCAUCUGCAGUGUUUUCUAUAAACAUUUGUAAUGAUAUAAGAAAGGGGUCCAAGUUGGAGCUUACCACUUCGUUAUAUGCCACAGUUUCCUACUUAGAUAAAAAAGUGAGUGUGGAGUUUAGUAAGUUUUCGAAGAUCAUGGAAGUCAGAACAAAGAUGCUGCUCAGCUCCAUAUUAAUCGAGUGGGUCCACGUUGCCUGGUACAUACUACCCAGUUAACCUAGUGGCUCUGUGUGCUGUGUUCCUCGCGAGGCUAGCUUUAAACUGAAUAAAUGAAUGGUUUCGCCAUUUUGGAAAAAAUCCUUAUUCUGAAUCCUCAAAAAAACAUUAUUAUCCAACCUGCUCACAACAUUUCAUGAGAAUCGGUUGAGAAAUGCGUAGUUAAUGCUAUCUGUAGACGAGAAUAUCCGGACAUACUAAAGCAUUUUAGUUUCACUCCACUAACGCUUGGUCAAAAAAUACUGUAGAAAUACCGAAGAUAUGAAAUAAGUGCCAUUCCAGUGUUAGGCAAGCUCAGCGUUUCAAACGCCGGUUGACGAAAUUUAGAAUUCGCUAUUCUACUUUUCAAUUGUGAAUUCACAACACCCGGGGCUUUUGAACCCGGGGCUUACCUGUGAUAAAGAUCAGUACAGUAAGUGGUUCCGUGCCUGUAGUCGGCGAUUUCUGUACAUAGAUGUUAUUUUAAAGAUAUAAUGGAUACGAGAUGCGCCUCUGUGAGGCGACCGCUGUUGUAUUUAUUUAUUUCAAUCGGGAACGAAAUUACUCACGCGGUAAACGGCCCUCGAGACCGUUAGGAACUGUACAGAUUUCUUCAAUGUAGUUUUGUAUUUUGUAAAUUAUUUAUGAAAAUAAUAGGUAGGUUAGCGGACCGACUAGGCCUCCAUUUUUAUAGAAUUAUUUGUAUAUCGUGCACAUCACAUUAUCUUUUUAGAUAUGUAAACGUUUUAAAUAUUUUAUGCCAAAUACAGUGUGUAAAAAACGAAAUAGCAUCGUCGUAAAUACUGUUUAUUCUCGGGGACCUAUUUUAUAUUCGAUAUUCGUUUGAUAAUUAUAGAUAUUUUUCAGUAGAAGCUCUAGUAUUUUUAUGUCAAUUAGGACCCCAUAUAGACAGAUUUACUGACGAUGCAAUCUCGGUCUAAAAUAGAAAUCACGCAUUUGAACCCAAGCACCAAACUGUAACAAACAUUAGCAGGAAUCUUCCUUCGGCUCUAAGUUUCUAUAUUAUAAUAAUUUUGAUAUAAGUGUUGUACAUAUUUAUGUCGAAAUAGUUUUAACGGUAGCAAUGCAAUGCGUGAAUGGUGUCGAUAUAUUGUAUAGUACAUCGCAACCAUGUUCAGAGAUUUCAUGAGAUUUAUGUAUAUUUAAGACCCUCAUGUCAUAGGCAGAUCUGAAUCAUGUUGAGUGUGUGUGACUGUUUGGGGUUCGGUCUUAUAUUCAAGGUAUGUAGUCGUGGCAAUUAUAUAACUGACUUUUGUAAUUGCCAUGGUUAAAACAAAAACAUGCAUUUUUGUGGUAAUUACAAGCGAUCUCUACAAUGGGCAAUCUUCCAAGUACGAUUACCUUUGUAUAAGAGCUAACAAACUGCACAGAGCAGGAACAGAAUAACAAGAAAUAGUUAAUCGAAUUGUAUAAUUGCCAUGACCAAUUUUGAAAAAAAAAAAAAAAAACUAAUUGGUUAGCGUGUUUAAAGCGCUGAAUGAGUGAGUAUAAGAUCACUAUAAGACCGCGCUCCGAAUCACUCAUAAUAAAUACUGAAAUUCUUUAGAGUAAGUUAAUUGUUAUAGUACUAGGGUGGGCGGGAAUGUUUCGCUGCUGUUGAAAACUUUAAUAAUAAUUUUGCAAUAAUAGUUUCGAUUAGUUCGGGAUGUAGCAUGUAAUGCGUUAGUGUAGCUCAGUUGCGUUAUUUUAGCCAAAUUGUUUUAUGAUUUAGGAUCGUGGGCGUCCGCCCUGAAAAUUGUUACUUAGUUUUACUUUUAUCAUGGCUAUUGUGCAUUUUAAUUCCGGGCGCAUUUUGCUGAGCAUUUACUCACCCCAGUUCGGUAUUUCGUAUAAUGGAAUUUAAAAAUCAAUGUAUACUCGUGCAUAGUAUAGGUAUAUGUUACCUAGCUGUACACAUAUUCCAUCGAUGUAUUUAAUGUGAACAUGAUCGUUACUAUAAUAGGUAGCAUCAUAUUUUUCGAUGUAUGUAAUCGUUUUGAAUAACAAAAUGGUAUUAGCAAGUUAUUGCUCAGUUUAUGUGACUGCGUUUUGUUUGAAAUUCUUAAAAUACAAUUGAAAACAAUAAAUGUUAAUAAAAUCAU